AUUGGAGUUGUUGGCGAGCGAGAGCAGCAGCUGGCUAAAGCACCCAUGGCUUCCGCGACGCGGUGCGCUCCGUCCCGUGGCGGCUGCCUCGCGGUCGUUCUCGCGCUGGCAGCUCUCGCCUCUCCUCGCCUUCUCGGCGCGUCGGCGGCGGCGGGGAGCGGCAGCGUGCCGAACUGGCACGUCGUGAGCGUCAGCUCGCUGCUGCCCGGCGCGGUCUGCACGGCUGCGACAGCGACGUCAAAUUCGUCGGCUCUGAGCGUCGUGCACCGGCACGGCCCGUGCUCGCAGCUGCUGGCUCGCGGCGGCGCGCCGUCUCAUGCCGAGAUCCUGGACCGGGACCAGGACAGGGUUGACUCCAUACACCGCAAGAUCGCCGGCGGGUCAACGACGAUGAACCCGGCCCGUGCCUCGAAGGGCCUGUCCCUGCCGGCGUACAGGGGCAUAUCUAUCGGCACCGGCAACUACCUCAUCUCGCUCGGCCUCGGGACGCCGGCGAGGGACUACUCGGUGGUGUUCGACACCGGCAGCGACCUGUCGUGGGUACAGUGCAAGCCGUGCAGGGACUGCUACGACCAGCAAGACCCGCUCUUCGACCCGGCGCAGUCGUCGACGUACGCCACCGUGCCUUGCGGCGCGCCGGAGUGCCAGGAGCUGGACUCGCACAGCUGCUCGUCGGACAACAAGUGCCGGUACGAGGUCGUCUAUGGCGACCAGUCGCAGACCGACGGCAACCUCGUGCGCGACACGCUGACGCUGGCGCCGUCCGACACGCUCCCGGGGUUCGUCUUUGGUUGCGGCGACGACGACUCCGGGCUGUUCGGCAAGGCCGACGGGCUCUUCGGCCUCGGCCGCGAGAAGGUGUCGCUGGCCUCGCAAGCGGCGGCCAAGUACGGCGCGGGGUUCUCCUACUGCCUGCCGUCGUUGUCGAAUGCCACGGGUUACCUGUCCCUAGGAAGCGCCGCGCCGGCGAACUCGCAGUUCACGGCCAUGGUGACCCGCAGCGACACGCCGUCGUUCUACUACCUCAACCUCGUCGGCAUCAAGGUCGCCGGGCGCGCGAUCAAGGUCCCCUCGGCCGUGUUCGCGACGGCCGGCACGGUGAUCGACUCGGGCACCGUGAUCACCCGGCUCCCCGCGCACGCCUACUCCGCGCUCCGGUCGGCGUUCGCGCGCUUCAUGGGCAAGUACAAGAGGGCGCCCGCGCUGUCCAUCCUUGACACGUGCUACGACUUCACCGGGCACACGACGGUGCAGAUCCCGUCGGUGGUGCUUGUGUUCGCGGGCGGCGCCACCAUGAGCCUCGACUUCAGUGGGGUGCUGUACGUGUCGAAGGUAUCGCAGGCAUGCCUGGCGUUCGCGUCCAACGGCGACGACACGUCCAUCGGCAUCCUCGGGAACACGCAGCAGAAGACGUUCGCGGUGGUCUACGACGUGGCCAACCAGAAGAUCGGGUUCGGCGCCAAUGGCUGCAGCUGAGUAGCGAGUAGCCAAUCGGCGUGGCACAUGUACGCCAUCUCUGAUUGGAUAAAGCAAUAAAAAAAUCUUUUGAGGAAACAGGGCAGUUGUUCUGCCAUUUCAUUAUAGAAGAAAGCAGUAGUAAUAUUUACAUAUUGCAGACAGCUAGGGUGCCAAUAGGGAUGAUAAUCAGAUCAGUGGGUUUGGGUCUUUGUAGGUUUUGUACUCGGUAGGUGUGGGUUUAGGUUUUAAAUCCUGUCCAUGGAUCUGAUA